GAGAGAGGGAAGAGAGAGAGGUUAUGUGACAGCAUGUUUCAGAAGAGGAUCAACCCCUGAACGAGGUGGGAGGGUCAGUCGGUACCGGCACCCACGGAGAGAUGCACACCGCUGCCCAGAUGACUUUACCGGCUGCGCGUGGAAGAGAUUGACCGUCAGUUUCAGUUUGUUUCGCUGUUUCUCCACAUUUGACGAGACUGACUGACUACUGGCUGAAACGCGGGACGAUCCACCCUGAAAAAUCUCUGCGAAAUAACCGGAUCUGCUCCACUCAUGAAUGAGUCUCCUCAUAUUUCAAGAAAUAUGUGAAGAACACUUAAAAAGGAGGAGACCGUACUUCAAAUCAUCUUUUCAGCCCCAAUCCUGACACUCAAUCCCAGAAGUUUUGCCUGUGCUUGGUGGUUUUCGGAGCCCUGUUGGGAUGGGGACGUGCUUGGAUAGAGGACGGACUUACUGCAGCCUCACUAAAGGACACUGCCGUCUAAAGGUCAUGUCAUGGCCUCUGGCACUGUGGCUAUUGACUCUAAUCUCUCUGAAUCAAAAGACUGUUGGGCAGACUCUAAACUACUUCCAAUCAGAGAGGAAGGAGUGGUCGCUGAACCACCUGACUGUGCAUCAGUCCACUGGUGCUCUCUAUGUCGGAGCUGUAAACAGAAUCUACAAGCUGUCAGCCAAUCUCACCCUCCUGGUGUCCCAUGACACGGGGCCAGAGUACGACAACAAAGCGUGUUAUCCUCCUCUGAUUGUGCAGCCCUGUUCUGAAUCUCUUGCUUCUACCGACAAUGUGAACAAACUGCUGCUCAUCGACUACUCUCACAACCGGCUGCUGGCCUGCGGCAGUCUCUACCAGGGCGUCUGUAAGCUGAUGAGGCUGGAUGACUUGUUUAUUCUUGUGGAGCCCACGCACAAGAAAGAGCACUACCUGUCCAGUGACAACCAGACGGGGACUAUGUUCGGGGUUGUCGUGCCCUCGCAGAAUCAGGAUGCCACUCUGUACAUUGGGACGGCUGUCGGAGGCAAACAGGACUACUUUCCAACGAUCUCCAGCCGAAAGCUGCCUCGAGACCCAGAAUCCUCUGCAAUGCUGGACUACGAGCUUCACACUGACUUUGUUUCCUCUCUCAUUAAAAUCCCCUCGGACACACUGGCUCUUGUUCCACACUUUGACAUCUACUACAUCUACGGCUUUGCCAGCGGAAACUUUGUCUACUUCAUGACAGUCCAGCCGGAGACGCCUGACAAUGGUAUGCCUGCAGGAAGCUCACCUGGCGACCUGUUUUACACCUCUCGAAUCAUCCGCCUCUGCAAAGGUGACAAGAAGUUUCACUCCUACGUGUCACUUCCUGUGGGGUGCGUACACAGAGGUGAGGAAUACCGUCUAUUACAGGCUGCUUACCUGUCCAAGUCCGGCAGGGUUCUGGCAAAGUCUCUCAACAUCAGCGCCCAGGAGGACGUGCUCUUUGCUGUGUUUUCUAAGGGACAGAAGCAGUUGCACGACCCUCCAGAUCACACCGCGCUCUGCGUCUUCACCAUCCAAGAAAUCAACACUCGGAUCAAGGAGCGACUGCAGUCCUGUUACCAGGGCGAGGGAAACCUGGAGCUGCACUGGCUGCUGGGAAAGGACGUGCAGUGCACAAAGGCGCCGGUUCCCAUCGAUGAUCACUUCUGCGGCCUGGAUAUAAACCAGCCCCUGGGGGGUUCUCAGCUGGUGUCGGGUCGGACGGUGUACACAGAGAGCAGGGACAGGCUGACCUCUGUCACCUCCUACGUCUACAACGGCCACAGUGUGGUGUUUCUGGGGACCAAGAGUGGACGGGUGAAGAAGAUCAGAGUGGACGGUCCUCUGGAGGGAGGGGUGCUGUACGAGACAGUGACCGUGAUGAAGGAUAGCAGCCCCAUCCUCAGGGACAUGGCCUUCUCCCUGGACAGGAACUCUCUUUAUGUCAUGUCUGACAAUCAGUUGUCUCAGGUCCCUGUGGAGGCCUGCGGACAGUACGGGACCUGUGCUGAGUGUCUGAGCUCCGGUGACCCUCACUGUGGCUGGUGUGUGCUCUACAACAUGUGCUCGAAGAGAGAUCGGUGUCAGAGGGCGGAGGAGGCGUUCCGAUUUGCCACUGACAUUGACCGCUGUGUGAAGGUCAUUGCUCACCCUGACAGCAUCGCUGUAUCAGCACAUAGUGUGCCUCUUCUGCUGGAGGUGAAUAAUGUUCCAGACCUCUCUGCUGGAAUCACCUGUUCAUUCGGCCAGCAGGCCCAAGUGGAGGGUCACGUCAACGGGAACAGGGUGAUGUGUCUGUCCCCGGCUGGGAAGGAGGUCCCUCAGAUCCCACAGGGGCAAGACUGGGCCGGCGUCGAGCUUCGUCUGAACUCGAAAGAGACGGGCCAAAUGGUCGCCAGCACAGAGGUGAAGUUCUACAACUGCAGCACACAUAAAACGUGUCUGUCCUGUGUAAACAGCACGUUUCGCUGCCACUGGUGUAAAUACCGCAACCUGUGCACCCACGACCCCAGCAGCUGUUCGUUCCAGGAGGGCAGAGUCAACGCCUCAGAGAACUGCCCUCAGCUCCUUCACUCCGGGGAAAUUCUCAUUCCAGCCGGCGAGGUCCGACCCAUCACCCUGAGGGCCCGAAACCUUCCGCAGCCGCAGUCGGGCCAGCGGGGCUACGAGUGCGUCGUUCAUGUGCAGGGUGUCAGCCACCGUGUCACGGCGCUGCGCUUCAACAGCACCAGCGUGCAGUGCCAGAACAGCUCGUACAUGUACGAGGGUGUGAGGAUCAGCGACCUGCCCGUGGACCUCUCCAUCGUAUGGAACGGCAAUUUCAUCAUCGACAAUCCCGAGAAGAUUAAAGUGAACCUCUACAAGUGCAGCGCCCAGCGGGACAGCUGUGGGAUGUGUCUGCGGGCGGAGAGGAAGUUUCAGUGCGGUUGGUGCAGCGGUGAGGGCCGAUGCACCAUGAAGCAGCACUGUCCUCCAAUCUCCCCCUACGCCAGCCGCUGGCUCAACCUCUCUGCCAGGAACGUCAAGUGUACCAACCCACGCAUCACUGAGGUCAGCCCUGUAUCAGGACCUCUAGAGGGGGGCACACUGGUCACCAUCCAGGGCCUGAACUUGGGUCUGUCAUUCUCUGAGCUGCAGGGCAACGUGGAGGUGGCGGGUGUGCGCUGCACCCCGCAGGAGGAGGGAUACAUCACUGCAGAACAGAUUGUUUGUGAGAUGGCUGCGGCUCCUAAAGGAAAUGCACCAGGUCCGGUGAAGCUGUGUGUUGGGGAAUGCAGACCAGAACUACGUGCACAGUCCCCACAGCUCUACUCCUUUGUGACUCCUUCCAUGCUGGCCCUGACUCCAGGCAGAGGACCUGAAUCCGGGGGCACGAAGGUCACCAUCGUCGGGGAGAACCUGGGCGCCGGAAGCACUGUUAAUGUGUACUUUGGAAAUCAGACCUGUGAGCUGUACAGGAGGACCAUGUCAGAGAUCGUGUGCUUCUCUGCUCCGUCUGUGACGAGAGCCGGACCUGUGCAGGUCAGUCUGAGUGUGGACUGGGCCAGAGUUCCUGGGAGUCUGGCCUUCGAGUACAUAGAGGACCCCACAGUCCAGCGAAUUGAACCCCUGUGGAGCAUUACCAGUGGACACACCACCUUGACAGUCACUGGAACCAACCUGGAUGUAGUCCAGGAGCCGCGGGUCAGAGUCAAAUAUGCCGGCCAUGAAUCUGUCAAUGUGUGCAAAGUGCUAAACACCACCACCAUCAGCUGCUUCGCCCCCUCUCUGAAGGCGGAGUACACCUCAGACCAGGAGACCAUCAAACACGUUGACGAGUUUGGCUUUGUCUUCAACAACGUCCAGGCUCUGCUCACCUACAACAACACCAGCUUUGUGUACUACCCCAACCCUUACCUGGAGCCCCUGAGCCUGACAGGUGUGCUGGAGCAGAAGCCAGGAGCGCCCAUCAUACUCAAAGGACGUAACCUGGUGCCGUCUGCGUCGGGCGGGAGGCUGAACUACACGGUGCUGAUCGGAGACACGCCCUGCUCUCUCACCGUGUCUGACACUCAGUUACUCUGCGAGCCUCCAAACCUCACCGGGCAGCACAAAGUCCUGGUCCAAGUAGGAGGACUCCACAUCUCUCCGGGAGAAGUUCACAUCCGCUCUGACAGCCUGCUCACCCUCCCUGCUAUCUUCAGCAUCACAGCUGGAGGAGGGCUGCUCCUCAUCAUCGUCAUCAUCGUCCUGCUGGCCUACAGACGCAAGUCUCACGAGAACGACCUCACGCUGAAGCGGCUGCAGAUGCAGAUGGACAAUCUGGAGUCCAGAGUGGCUCUGGAGUGCAAGGAAGCCUUUGCAGAGCUGCAGACAGACAUCAACGAGUUAACGAGCGAUCUGGACCGAGCCGGCAUCCCCUUCCUGGACUAUCGCACAUACUCCAUGAGGGUCCUGUUCCCCGGCAUCGAUGAUCACCCCGUACUCAGAGAGCUGGAGGUGCCGGGCAGCGGACAGCAGAGUGUGGAGAAAUCCUUGAAGCAGUUCGCUCAGCUGGUGAAUAACAAAGUUUUCCUGCUGACAUUCAUCCGCACUCUGGAGCUGCAGCGCUCCUUCUCCAUGCGUGACCGCGGCUACGUGGCCUCGCUCAUCAUGACCGCUCUGCAAGGACGCCUGGAGUACGCCACGGACAUCCUCAAACACCUUCUCUCAGACCUGAUCGAACGCAACCUGGAGAGCAAGAACCACCCUAAACUACUCCUGCGCAGAACCGAGUCGGUGGCGGAGAAGAUGCUGACAAAUUGGUUCGCCUUCUUGCUGCACAAAUUUCUCAAGGAGUGUGCUGGCGAGCCUCUCUUCAUGCUGUUCUGUGCCAUCAAACAGCAAAUGGAGAAGGGACCGAUAGACUCCAUCACUGGGGAGGCACGCUAUUCCCUCAGUGAGGACAAACUCAUCCGCCAGCAGAUUGAAUACAAGACGCUGACGCUGAGCUGUGUGAACCCAGACUAUGAGAACAGCCCAGAAAUCCCUGUUAAGGUGCUCAACUGUGACACCAUUACCCAGGUAAAAGAGAAGAUCCUGGACGCGGUGUAUAAGAACAUGCCGUACUCGCAGCGACCACGGGCUGCAGACAUGGAUCUGGAGUGGCGACAAGGCAGAACAGCUCGAGUGGUCCUGCAGGAUGAGGACAUCACCACCAAGAUAGAGAGCGACUGGAAGAGACUCAACACACUCAUGCACUACCAGGUGUCUGAGCGCUGUGUGGUGGCCUUGGUGCCCAAACAGAUGUCCUCUUUCAACAUCCCGUCCUCAGCCAGCUUCCCUCGCAGCAUCAGCAGAUACGGUGUGGACGUCCCCUUCCGCUCAACCCCCACCAGCCCAGACAGCCCCCACUCUCGAGUACCCAUGCUGACCCCAGACCUGGAGAGCGGGGUCAAAGUGUGGCACUUAGUCAAGAACCACGACCACGGGGACCAGAAAGAGGGCGAGCGUGGCAGCAAGAUGGUGUCAGAGAUCUACCUGACGAGGCUACUCGCAACAAAGGGCACGCUGCAGAAGUUUGUGGACGACCUGUUUGAAACGCUGUUCAGCACUGUGUGUCGGGGCACCGCGCUGCCUCUGGCUAUCAAAUAUAUGUUCGACUUCCUGGACGAGCAGGCAGACAGACACGGCAUCCAUGACACGGACGUGAGGCACACCUGGAAGAGCAACUGCCUUCCCCUGCGCUUCUGGGUAAAUGUGAUCAAGAAUCCUCAGUUUGUGUUCGACAUCCAUAAAAACAGCAUCACAGACGCCUGUCUGUCUGUGGUCGCCCAAACCUUUAUGGACUCAUGUUCCACUUCUGAACACCGUCUGGGCAAAGACUCGCCGUCCACCAAACUACUCUACGCCAAGGACAUACCGCACUACAAGAGCUGGGUAGAAAGGUACUACGCUGACAUAAACCGCCUGCCUGCCAUCAGUGAUCAGGAUAUGAAUGCCUAUCUGGCUGAACAGGCUCGCCUUCACUCCAGUGAGUUCAACAUGCUCAGUGCCCUCCACGAGAUCUACGCUUACGUCAGCAAGUACAGCCAAGAGAUCAUUGAGGCACUGGAGCAGGAUGAGCAGGCCCAGAAGCAGAAGUUGGCGUAUAAAUUGGAGCAGAUCAUCUCAGCCAUGUCUGCAGAGAGCUGAGACACACACCCACAUACAUACAUUAACACAAAGACAACACACACACGUAAUCCUUAACUGAGGACUCUAAACCCAUCUGCGACGCACGUUGGGUACAGACACACACACACAUCACACACACACACACACACACACACACACACACACACACACACACACACACACACACACACACACACAAGCAUAUGGAUGUACGCAGAGACAUUGCGGAUUAAUGGACCUACUGUAUAAACAAACAGACAGCACACACACACAAAGAGAUUCAUACACAUGCAAACACACAUACAAAUGUACAUACACAGACCACUCUACACAUCAAACAGCAGAACGUCCCAAAGCACGACUUUUGAGUCCAAUGUCAUCGUUUUUUACUGAAGAAACUCCAACAGGCAAAAAUCCAGCUUCGAAAGCGCUCCCGUCGAGAAAAAACAAAAAGAGAGAAAGAAGGAGAGAGAGAAAAGAUUUGGGCCAUCACAGCUGCUGAAUUUGCAGCCACUUCUUUUCUGCUGGAUAGUGGCUUGCCUUUGUAGUGGCUGCUUCUACUUCUCCUAAAUGUGUAUGUGUGUGUGUGUGUGUGUGUGUAUGCGUGUGCGCGGCGUGGCUGGAGCUCUGAAGACGAGAGCGGCGCUUAAUAAAGAAUGACUCAACUUGAAAAGUCACUGGAGGAGCGCAGCAAAGACAGGAGCCAAUUUAAUGGGACAGCACAUGCGGUGAGACAAGACUCCGAGUUCUUUUACACGUCAGGGAUGAAGGACGUUUUUUCACACGACAUAUCACAGGCUUGGAGUGACAUCGUCAUUUGGAGCCAUCGGGGGCAGAGAUGUGUAACUGUGAGUUUGUUAAGCCUUUUUCCUGUUGCCUUUUAAAGGCUUCAAAAAGAAAACACUAAAGACUUUGGCAAACUCUAUGUCAUUAUUUAUUUUUUUUAGAUGAAGAUUUUCUAAUUUACACGUCUGCUCGAGACUGAACAGUUUAAGAAAACGAAUCACGAAGAAAGUGAAGGGGUUGCUCUUUAAUAACAGAAAGGCCCCGAAUUGGCACAGUGGUCAUUUUCCUCUGACAUCACUGUACGGGUCGGAAGCUCAGAUGUUAUAAUCAUGUUGGACUGAUACCUGUGACAACAUUUUAUUUCAUUGUUAUUGAUUAAUCUGUAACUGAAGAGAACAAUGAAAGGUCAACUCCAGCCCAUGUGUCAAGAUAAACUGGAGGUCACAGCAGCUAAUGUUAGCAUUCAACCAAUAAACUGUUCCUGCUAAUGUUAGCUAGGAACUGGGUGAAUGCUAGCAUUAGCUGUUGUGUCAAUCUGACAGAUGGAUGUCAUUUUACUUCUUACUGAUGGAUCCGCAUCUGAAAAUCCAGUAGAUACCAUCACUUUGGCAAUAUUGCCAGGGAAAUUAAAUAUUUGCUAACUCAUCAGCUAAUGACAGCUAAGUCACAAAACCCUCCGACUCGUAUCUAAGACAAGCUGAGAACCCUAAAGACCCAAUCAGGGGAAAAAAAUACAAGUGGCCAACAGAAAUUAAAAUACAUUUAAAAGUUUUCAUUGAUAAAAUCCCAGCAGAAUAAUUCUAUACACUUCUUCUUAACUAAAGAUCUUUGUAUCAACUAUCUAGUAGGCUAAGUGUCCUAUCAUGUUUCUUUGUGCAAAUUGAAUUUUAACCUCCUCAGAGUGGACAAAGCCUCGCGCUAAAAUAUUUUGUCACUUAAAACAAAAAGUUUGUAGACACAGCAACAUUGUAAAGAAGGCCUUUCACGCUUGGUUAUUUUGAAGCAUCUAAAUGCUGGGUUAGUUUCUCUCAACAUUUUCACCAUUCAUUUUCUUUUCAGGUACCGAUCAACCUGAUCCAGUGAAAUUAAAACAAUUGGUCAUAUUCCUAAUGUUAAUAGAAUUUACAAACCUGGACAUCACCAGUAAGAUAAACGCAUUAAUGCUUCACUGCCCGAGUGUGACAUCAGAGGAAAUAUGGCUGCCGUGUGAAUAUGGUAAAUCACCUUCAAAUGUGAACUAAAUGGAGAGAUAUUUCCAGACCCAAUCCCUGGCUUUUGUGCCAAAUAUAAUGUCUAAUGUUUCAUUUCUGUUAAAAGCUGUUAUUAGUACACGCCACUGAAGAGAAGAGAUCCCAUUAGAGAUAGGACAUUCUGUACAGCGAUGAUCGAUAGACCACCAAUUCAAGCAUUCAAAGAUAAGUGGAGACCAAAUUGAACUGUAGCAGAAAGCAUGAUUAAUGAUGCUAUGAGUCUGAUCGUGGAUCAGAUUAUCUUAACCCCUGGCGACAGGGCCCCUACCCCCCCCC